AUGCAUCCGACGCAGACCCGGACGGUCAGUCCCCCGCUCCACCACACACUCGGCGAUCCCAUCUCUAAUGCGCCCCCAACAGACGAACCAGAGGCAGGACAGAAGGAGAUAUUCACAUCAUGGGCCCUGUCCAUUCUGAUUAUGCUCCUUAUCAUAGCCCUCUUCACAAGCUACAUACUACACACGCGCAAGAUCCAGGCGGUGCAUGAGACGGUCCUCUCGAUUUUUGCUGGAAUGGUCGUUGGCCUGCUGCUGCGCUUGACAGCAGUCAGUUCCGUGCGAGAUGUCGUCAGUUUCGACUACCAGAUGUUUUUCAAUUUGCUACUGCCGCCCAUUAUCCUCUCGGCUGGCUAUGAACUGCAUCAAGGGAAUUUUUUCCGACACAUCGGAACUAUUCUCACCUUCGCCUUUGCUGGCUCAUUCAUCUCCGCCGUAGUUCUGGGUGUCAUCCUGUUCCUGUGGACCAGAAUACCUCUCGAUGGCUUCAAAAUCAACUUCGUCGAGGCCAUGUCCGUUGGCGCCACGCUUUCGGCCACGGACCCAGUGACCAUUCUUGCCAUCUUUGAUACUUACAAAGUAGAACCAAAGCUGUACACUCUCAUCUUCGGCGAGUCUAUUCUCAACGACGCCAUCGCCAUUGUUGUCUUUGAGACGGCACAGAAAUACAAGGACGGCGCUGAACACCUCGGAAUCGGGAGCCUCUUCGAAGCCUUGGGUAUCUUCAUGGGUGUCUUCUUCGGAAGUUUGUUCAUCGGUGUCAUGGUGGGCAUUGGCGUGUCUCUGAUGCUCAAGUUCACCUAUGUUAGACGGUUCCCCAAGAAUGAGAGUUGUCUCAUCAUCCUCACCGCAUACUUGACCUACUUCCUGUCCAACGCCAUCCACAUGUCUGGCAUCGUGUCUUUGCUGUUUUGUGGUAUCUGCUUGAAGCAUUAUGCUUAUCACAACAUGUCAAGACGAACUCAAUUAACCACCAAGUUUGUUUUCCAGGUUACCUCGCAAAUCUCGGAGAACUUCAUCUUCAUCUACCUAGGCUUGUCUCUCUUCACCGACGACAAGCUCGACUACAAGCCACUAUUUAUCUUGAUCACCGUGUUUGGCAUUUGCGCCGCUCGCUGGUGUGCAGUAUUCCCGCUUUCAAGGCUCAUCAACUCCGUCACAAGAUAUCGCCAGCGCCGCCGCGGUGACGAGAUUGUAGAAGAGAUUCCUUAUCCCCACCAGGUUAUGAUCUACUGGGCAGGUCUGCGCGGUGCUGUAGGUGUUGCACUUGCCGCAGGACUCACAGGUAACAACGGCGACACUCUGCGAGCCACAGUUCUCGUCGUAGUCGUUCUGACUGUCAUCAUCUUCGGAGGAACCACUGCGCGCAUGCUGGAGAUUCUAGGCAUUCGCACUGGCGUGGUUGAAGAGAUUGACAGCGAUGAUGAGUUCGAUAUCGAAGUCGUUAAUGGCGGCACUUACACACGCAAACAGGGCCAAGCCUAUGGCAACACCCCACGCCCGAACCAAAAUGGCUUCUCACUCAAUAAUGUCAACGGACCAGACGCCACGUACUCUAGUGGAUCAGCUAGUCGCAGCAGCCCACCGACACGACCCAACGGCGCUAUGCGACGCAAUUCGAGCCACCCACGUGCCAAAGAUGGCGCAGACCAAAAUCUUCUCAGCCCCGCCGAUAGUGGCUCUGCUGACGAGGACGAUAUCGAUCUUGAUCUUCCACCCAGCGCACGCCGCUCGCCCAACCGCGGUCCGUCACCAUUGUUGGGAGACCCAUCACCGUACCCGACGUCCGGUAUAAGACCGGUCGGCACUGCAGAGGGCUCGAGUAGAGUCGCGACUGCCACAGGUGCAGUGAAGCAGCUGUUCAACGAGAUCAGUCACGAUCCCGCGAACGCUUUCAAGCAGAUUGAUGAUGGUUUCCUCAAACCACAUCUGCUGCUCGACCAAGGAAAGGCCCAGGUCCGGGUAAUGUUUGAUUUUUCUAGUAGACGGAUAGGAAAGAAGCAUUCGUGGCGUUUGAGUCAUUUUUGGGAAUAUUGGCUAGCGACUUUGUUUGCCUGGUGCAUAGCGUAG